AUGGACUACGAAGUUCAGUCUCAGAUUCCGCUCGAACAACGGGAAGCUCUUCGAACGCAAGACGGCAUCAACAUCCCAUCCGCUUGCACUGAACAGUCAUCCACAAUCCCAGACUCCAUCUCACCCGCUCCUCCUGCACCCGCUGACGGACAGUCGUACACAACCGCCGAACUUACCUCACUUUUCACGUCCCUCGAAACUCGUCUCACAGGAUACGCUGAAGCUUUGCUAGGAGUAGGCGAGUGUCUGGAUUCUUUGCAAUUGCAGAUCAAGGAGCUCCGUGAGAGCAUUCAUGGGAACAACAGGGUUGAGGAAAGUGACUCUGAAUCCGAGGCGGAAGUGAAACCUAAGCAGCAAGCGAAUGAAGGUGUUGGCGCCGAUGAGCAUGGCAUCGGGGCUGGGGGCGAUGGAAACGUAGGAGUGGAGGGCGUGGAAGAGGAGAGAAGGGUGAUCGAUGGAUCGAGAACAGUAAAUACGGAGACCGAUGCUGAUGAGAACGGGCUUGGAAACAUGAUCAGCGGAUUUGUGUUCGGUGACGAUGAGCCAAAAGAGUCUGCGUUUUGA